AACGUCAGUUUGUUCCACACAGAAAUUUUCCGCAAGCUUUACACUGAGCUUUACAGACGGGCACAAGCAUGCAAGCUCGGGCAAGUAUCAAAACUCAUCGAUUACAAUGAUGAGGUGAAUCUGAUGUAGCCUUUGGAGCCUACCCGGUGCCAUCGGGCGGUACCAUUUCCAUCCCAGUUCAUAUUUGGUUUGGGGCGAGGGCAAUGAGCAUCGACGACGGCUCGCAUAUUAUCCGGGACUGCGUGGAUGGUUCCAUCAGCCUCAAGCCUUACGCGAUGACGGUGGUUGACACGCCGCCGUUCCAGCGCCUGCGGAGCCUGUCGCAGCUAGGUGUGACGCACUUCGUCUUCCCGGGCGCCACACACACGCGAUUCGAGCACAGCCUGGGUGUGGCGUACAAGGCCGCCAAGCUGGCCCGCCACAUACUCAAGCGGCAGGGCGGCGCGGGGGCCGGGACGGCGGCCGGGGCCGGGGCGGGGGCCGCUGACGUGGACAUGGAGCCACACCACGUCAUGCUGGUCACACUGGCAGGCCUGUGCCACGACCUGGGGCACGGGCCGCUGUCUCACCCCUUUGAGAACUUCCUCAAGCGGCGCGGCAUCACCGAUUGGCACCACGAGGACAUGUCAGGCCUCAUCCUCACACACAUCGCCGACAACUAUGACGUGGGACUCUCGACGGCUGACGUGCAGGGCAUCACCGACCUGAUCCGUGGCGUGCCGGCGCACCUGCACCCGGCGGCGCAGGCGGGUGACGCCGGGGUGGCGGGGCUGUGGCGGCCGGGGCAGCGCUUCCUGUUCGACAUCGUCGCCAACAAGCGCAACGGUGUGGACGUUGACAAGCUUGACUACCUGAAGCGCGACGCCUUCAUGUGCGGCGUGCGGGUGGGCGGAGACUUCGACAGCCUGCUCAAGAAGAAGUACAUCAAGGUGCUGGACGACGAGCUGUGUUACGACUGGUGCCAGUAUGAAAACAUACUGGACAUCUUCCGGGCGCGGGAGGCCAUGCACCGCAAGGUCUACACCAACAGGAAAUGCAAGGCUGUGGAGAUGAUGGCGGUCGACGCGCUGGUUGCGGCGGAGCCCCUGCUGCGCAUCACGCAGCGCCUGCACUCCCCCGAGGAGUUUAUCUCGUUGGACGACACGCUCCUCACGACCAUUGAACAUUACCAUCGCUUGCACCGGGGCGAGCUGGAGGACGACGAGGAGCAGGCGCUGAAGGCGGCCCAGGGCAUCGUGCGGCAGCUGCGGCUGCGGCAGCUGUACCGCUUCGGGAACCAGUUCACGGUGCCGCCCGAGUACCUGGCCGACAGCCGCUGGGAGUCCAUCCGCUCGCGCUUCACGCCCGCCGAGCUGGCCUCGCACUACAGCGGCAGCGACGUGCCGGGCGGCCUGAUGCCGGCCGACAUCGUGUGCGACGAGAACAAGAUCGACCACACCAUGGGCGGAGACAACCCCGUGGAGCGGGUGGGCUUCUUCAAGGAGGGCGGCAGCGGCAAGUACCACACGGCCCGGCACCAGGUGGUGGGCAUCAUGCCGCACUUCUUCCAGGAGCGCGUGCUGCGUGUGUUCACGCCGCGCCAGGAGCCGGCCUACGUGCGGGCCAUUGAGGCGGCGCUGCACAACUGGGCCACAGUGCACUUCGGAGGCGGCGCGCAGCUGGCCACGCCUGUGCGGCCGCGCAGCCGCUCCGCCGGCGGCGCCACCGGGGCCGCGGAAGCACUGGCGGGGGCUGGAGCGGGAUUGGGAGGUGUUGGCGCCGGAUUGCCGGGGCUGUUUCCUCGGGAGGUGGUCGUGCACCAGGUGCAGGCCAGCAUUCGGCCGCACGCGCCGGUGUCAGCCGCCUCUGCGGCCGCGGCGGCUGCGGUGGCUGCCACGACAGCGGCUGGUGCCAACGGCGCGACCAGCACGUCUGAUCUUGCGGGUGCCGGACCAUGCGAAGGCGCAGGAAGCGGCGGCAGCGGGGGCGCGGCGGACACCACUCCCACGCGAGGCCGGGUGGCGGGCGCGGCGACCUGGGCGGGGGAGGAGGCGGGUGUUGUGGCCCUGGUGGAGGACGGCGCCGGAGGGUCGAAGGGGAGACGCGGUCCUGGGCAGGGGCGGGCGGGUAAGGCCGAGUCGGAUGAGGCAGGGCUGCAGGAAGGCUCGGCACGGACCAAGCGGCAGCGCAUGGGCGACGGCGCGUGAGGCUGUGUGUGGAAGCGUGUGUGUUUGCAAGGCAAGGCGGCACAGAACGCAUGGCAUGCAUUACGGGCACUGAGCGGAAUUAGCUCAGACUACUUUUGCAAGUUGCACUGUGUUUUGGCGGGAUCAUUCUUGCUAUCUACCGUAUUCAAGGUACGGCAGUUCGACGUGGCGACGUUGGUGCAGGGGUUAGCAGAGCACAUCAGUUCUCGGGGAUAGGCUGAUGCCGAAGGUGCGGUGUCUGCGUGACAUGCGUUGAUGGAGGCGGAGGGGAGCAGGGCAGGUGUGUUCAAUGGCGUGGCUGCAGUGGCGCGGAGUUCGUAGAAUCCGGCGUGCCAGCGGCGUUAGCACAGGGGUUAGCGUCCAUCCCCGCCAAAACGGAACGGCUUCUCAAUCGAAAUUCAGGCACGCCCGC